AUGAUAAUUCUUGUUACUCCUUUCUGUGUGCCUUUGGUGUUUUCUGAUAAACCAACCUCACACACACUGACCAUUUUCAGCACUGUAGCACUACCUGAUAGUAGAGCAGCUAAGCUAUCCCAUAAAAGCCAGGGCCAGGGGAAAGUGCUCUCACAGUCACAAGCUUCUCCUCUCUCCUGGUUGGUUUUUGAUGCUGUGAACAUUUCAAUACCCUCAGAAAUCUUUGAAAACCCCUUGUUUCCUUUUGAAGAGCAACUCCCAAUGGCAGAUUGGAGGGGUAUGAUGAGCAAAAGCAGUGGCUUUGGUGGGGGGUCAAUGAGAAACAAUGAAGAUUUUGAAGAAGAAGAUGUGUGGGGUGUUGGGAAUAAUGAGAGGGAAAAUUCAAGUCCCAAGAUGAUGAGGAAGUCUAACAAGGACAGCUCCUCUGCUUCUUCCUCUGCAUGGCGCCUCCCUACUGCUCCAAGAAUUAUCCCAAGGGCUGCUGCUGCUAAUACUCCUACCUCCCAUGAACCCAAGGUGGUCCAAAAAUCAGCUCCUCAGAACAUCCCUGAUUGGUCAAAAAUUUAUGGCAAGAGUGCCAAGAUUGGUUCUUGGGUUCAUGAUGAUGAUGAUGGGUAUGGUGUCAAUGGUGGUCAUGUUGCUUAUGAGGAUGGGGGGCAUCAUCAUGAUCAUGAUGUCAGUGAUGAUGAUGGUGAUGUGAAUAAUGAUGAUGAUGGUAUGGUCCCUCCACAUGAAUGGGUAGCUAGAAAGCUAGCAAGAAGCCAGAUUUCAUCUUUCUCUGUGUGUGAAGGGAUUGGAAGAACACUCAAAGGAAGAGACCUCAGCAAACAAAAGCAGUGCUGGAACGAAAUGUCUUUGAAGAGCAAAGGAUGGGGAGGAGAGGUAACAAUGAGGAAUGUGAUGUCAAGGAACUGGGCUUUUCUGCUAUGCUUCUGCAGCUUCUGUGCUGGAGUGUUAUUUACUAACAGGUUGUGGAUGGUGCCUGAAUCAAGGCCAUCUAGAAUUGGAGCUGAAAGGAUAUAUUCAGAACCUGAUGGUUGUAAUCAGAAGCUUGUUAUAAAGCACACGUCCAAUGAUAGUCCAGGGGAAGCUACUAAUCAUGUCAUUCAGGAGCUAAAUAAAACAAUUUCAAAUUUGGAGAUGAAAUUAGCCGCUUCCAGGGCAACGCAUGGAUCUGUACAUAAUGGCUCUCCUAUAUCAGGAAACUUGAAGACUCUUCAAUCAAAUUCGAAAAAAAAGUACUUCAUGGUUAUAGGGAUCAAUACAGCUUUUAAUAGCCGAAAAAGAAGAGAUUCCGUACGUGCAACUUGGAUGCCACAAGGCGAGGAAAGAAAGAAGCUGGAAGAAGAGAAGGGCAUCAUCAUACGGUUUGUUAUAGGUCACAGUUCGACAGCUGGUGGUAUUCUUGAUAAAGCUAUUGAAGCAGAGGAGCAAGUCAAUGGAGACUUGUUGAGGCUGAACCAUGUUGAGGGCUACCUGGAAUUAUCAGGCAAGACGAAGACCUAUUUUUCAACAGCUGUUGCUUUGUGGGAUGCUGAAUUUUAUGUCAAAGUUGAUGAUGAUGUCCAUGUAAAUUUAGCAACACUUGGAAUGAUUCUAUCUAAACAUCGUUUGAAACCCCGAGUCUAUAUUGGUUGCAUGAAGUCAGGUCCAGUCCUUGCUCGAAAGGGAGUGAAAUAUCAUGAACCAGAGUAUUGGAAAUUUGGUGAGGUGGGAAACAAGUAUUUUCGACAUGCUACAGGACAGUUAUAUGCUAUCUCAAAAGAUUUGGCAACUUACAUAUCAAUAAACCAGGAUGUGCUGCACAAAUAUGCCAACGAAGAUGUUUCCUUGGGAUCUUGGUUUAUUGGUUUAGACGUAGAACAGGUGGAUGAUAGGAGACUCUGUUGUGGUACCCCACCAGAUUGUGUGUGGAAGGCUAUGACAGGCAACAUCUGCGCUGCUUCAUUUGAUUGGCGAUGCAGCGGGAUUUGCAGGUCUGUUGAGAGGAUAAUGGAUGUUCACGAACGUUGCGGUGAGGACAAGAAUGCUAUUUGGAAUGCGAGGUUUUCUCAAUGA